GUGAGGAAGUAGGGUAGGGAAGUGAGGGCAAAGUUGUUCAUGGCCGCUUGCAGCUUUCGUCGGAUUGGAAAGAGACUGCGCUGGGUCCCGCGUGGCGGGCGUGCGCGGGACUGCGCGUGGUUGUCUUGUUCCCUAUGCAUGCUGCACGUUUGAGAGUGGUGGUCGGCUUGAGGGGAGGGAGAGGAAGCAGCGGGGGCGGGGGGGGGGGAAGGCUUUGACGUUCGGCGGAAGGCAGGCGGGUGGGACCGGGCGGAAGGCAGGCGCAAGGCGCGUGGGACCGGUUCGAACUAGGUUCGAACUAGGUUUGGGAGUGGUAUCUGUUGAGAUCCAAUUCCUACCUGGAGUGAGUUGUCAAGAGGGGCGGUAGACGGGCGGAAGACGGGCGGAGGUAGAGGACAAGACGGGCGGAAGACGGGCGCAAGGCGCGUGGGACCGGGCGGAAGGCAGCGAUGGCGGUCUCCGGGAUGCGAGGGCUGUCGGUGUUUAUUUCCGACAUAAGGAAUUGCCAAAAUAAGGAACAGGAGCGGGCACGUGUCGACAAGGAAUUGGCCAAUAUACGUACGCGGUUCAAAUCGGAAAGAGGAAUGACGGCUUACGAAAAGAAGAAAUAUGUGUGGAAGAUGCUCUAUGUAUAUAUGCUGGGGUACGAUGUCGACUUUGGGCAUGUGGAGGCGAUUGCUCUAAUUUCUGCACAGAAGUAUGCUGAGAAACAGGUUGGCUAUGUGGUGACGGCGUGUUUGUUGAAUGAGAACAACGAGUUUCUGCGGAUGGUCAUCAACACGAUUCGCAAUGACAUCGUCUCGCGCAACGAGACAUUCCAGUGUCUUGCGUUGACGAUGGUAGCGAAUGUUGGGGGGAAGGAGUUCUCCGAGUCGUUGGCCGGUGAUGUUCAAAAACUGCUGAUUUCCAGUGCCUGCAGGUCUCUGGUCCGGAAGAAGGCGGCUCUUUGCCUUCUCCGUUUGUUUAGAAAGAACCCGGAUGUUGUCAAUGUCGAAGGAUGGUCGGACCGGAUGUCUCAGCUUCUUGAUGAGCGAGACCUUGGUGUGUUGACAGCCGUGAUGAGUCUGCUGAUUGCACUCGUUGCGGCCUCACCAGAUGGAUAUUGGAAUUGCGUUCCCAAAUGUGUACGUAUAUUGGAAAGGCUAGCGAGGAGUCAAGACAUACCGCAAGAGUACACAUAUUAUGGAAUCCCGUCUCCAUGGCUGCAGUACCUUGGAUCUGCUGACUUUGCAAUUAGAGAGGAGCUUGCUCUUAAGGCGGCCAUCCUUGCUGAAAAGUUCGCACCUGACCUGUCUUGGUAUGUUGAUGUAAUACUUCAGCUUAUUGAGAAGGCAGGCGAUUUUGUCAGUGAUGACAUCUGGUAUCGUGUAGUGCAGUUUGUGACAAAUAAUGAUGAUUUGCAGCCAUAUGCAGCAGGUCAGGCCUUGAUGUACAUCGCAAAGCCAGCUGUCCAUGAAACAAUGGUGAAGGCAAGCGGCUACUUGCUUGGCGAGUUUGGGCACUUGCUUGCAAGGCAACCUGGUUGCAGCCCUAAGGAGAUUUUCGGUGCUAUACAUGAGAAGUUUUCGACAGUAUCGACAACAACGAAGGCACUGCUUCUAUCAUCGUAUGUGAAACUUCUCAUGCAUACCACAAAUCCUGAUCGUGAGCUGGUUGAGCAAGUAUUUGCAGUCUUCAGGCAGUAUCAGCGGUUUGUGGAUGCCGAAGUGCAGCAGAGGGCUGUGGAGUAUCUAGCUCUCGGCAGGCGAGGACACACCAUGGCUGACAUACUUGCGGAAAUGCCCAAGUUCCCAGAGAGAGAGUCGGCUCUUCUGAAGAAGGCAGAGGAUGUGGAGGACACUGCCGAUAUGAGUGCAGCAGUUCGUCUCAGAAGCCAGCAGCCAUCCACUGCAAUUGUUAUAUCAGAGCAAAGACCUGCAGCUGUCCCCAAUGGAGGAUAUCCUGCCGGUCGGCAACGAUCAAUGGAUCAGUAUGAAUUGAACGGUCCUCCUGCGAGAACCACAAGUGCACCCCCGCCUUCGACGGGUGCUGUGGAUUUGCUGGACUUGAUGGGAACUCCAGCAAUAGAAGCAGCACCUGUUGAAUCUACCUCUCCUCCCCCAGCAGUAGCACCUGCUGCUCCAGCUCCUGUAGAUCCAUUUGCUCUUGCAAUUUAUGAACCUCCUCAACCUGUUCAGCCGACUGGAAGCAUUGCAGAAUGGUUCAGGAAAUUAUCAGUUGGCCCCAAUGGGAUCCUUUAUGAAGAUCCCUUCCUUCAGAUUGGUGUGAAGUCUGACUACCGCGCUCACCAAGGAAAGAUGGCUCUCUUCCUUGGCAACAAGCAUACUGGGCCGUUGACAAAUAUCCAGCUCGUUGUAGGACAAGUUGCUGGCUUGCGAAUGCAGUCCAGUCCGGCACCACAAGCCAUCCCACCCAGGGCGCAGAUUCAAGUACCCAUUGACAUACUGUGUGUUCAGCCACCACGGGAAGUUCCAACGCUUGACUGCGGCUACAGCAACGGCCAACAGAUGGUUACUGUGAAGCUCCGGUUGCCUGUUGUCCUCGGUAAGUUCUUGGUACCCCAGCAGCUGCCUAUGAAGGAGUUUUUGCCAAGAUGGAAUGCAGCAACAGGACCUCCACUGAAGCUUCAGGAAGUGCUACGAAACGUAAAACCAUUGCCCAUGGCCGCCUUUGAAGAGCUUUUGACAAGUUUGAAGAUUGGCGUCAUCCCUGGAAUGGAUCCAAACAAAAACAAUGUUGUUGCAGCGAGUGCACUCUAUGCCCAGAGCGGAAACACAUUGUGCCUGAUACGAAUUGAAACGGAUCCAACUGACCGGACUCAAUUGAGAUUGACGGUUGCAUCCCAAGAUGGGGCGGCUACAUCUGCGAUGAGGGAAUAUAUCGUGAGUAACAUAGUGGACAAGGCACGAGAGCCCACGGUUGGACCUUCUGCAGCAGAAGCAGCAGCUGCAGCUCCUCAGUCUGCUGCUGGCACAAAUGAUAUUCUAGCUGAGCUUGCAGGGCUUGUAAUGUAGAACCGCAUACUACAAUGACUCCAGUCGAUGAAAGCUCGUUGUCGUGGCUGAGUCGACCUUCCACACCACCUUCGCAGUGUGCUGCCACUCCGAGCGAUGUUCUUGCCAACCUAACCUUGGCGUAUAUUGGCAGGAUCAUAGCGUUGUCGUCAUCCUAUGGCCUCCGAAGCUGCCCAGUCCUAUGGACCGAGACUCCAAUGGCAUUCGAAGCUUCACGGCUUCCAAGAUCAGAGAUGACGCUGCAGCAAGGGCAGCUAAUGGCACACGGGGUGUCUGUCGAUGUCAUCUACAGUUGAAUCCGCACAUGAUUAUGUCGCGACUCGUCUGACGGUAAUUCCGAAUGUUUGCGGAUUGCUUGCUGGCACCAUGCAGAAGCAAUUCACCAGGCAUGAUGUGUUGUUUUUUUUUCUUGUUUUUUUUUUUGUAUGUGCUGGAAGUUGUCCUAUAGCGGCAUCCAUGUGCAGGCAAGGUGUAUCCAAGGCAGCACAGGACGACUUGCAAGGAAGUUGUAUCCGUUGAGCGGCAAUGGCGACUGAACGGACUGUCCUGGGCAGGUGCAAGCUAGUAAAAAGGCGUCGCUCACGAUGCGGAUGACGACAGUGGGAGGAGCUGGCGUGGUUAGCGGACCGGUUGCAGGCAACACGGGGAGUUUUGGGAGGUUGCACUGGUGCUGGUAUUCUACGAUAAUCGGGGUGAGAACCGUGUAUUUGCGAGUUGCGAUUGCGAGUGGUUGGUUAAGGUAUUGUUUGGACUUUGAAGUAUGGCUUAAGAAUUUGAAUGGUAGUAGUGGAAGGCGGCCGGCGCCCAGGAAAUGUAGAUGUUGAGGCUUCCGUUGUAUUAGAUUUUGAGCACCUGACAUCUGCAGUAUCUAUGGUUGUCAGCGGCAUGUCGAUCUCUUCGAAUGCACGUUCGUUGUUGGCGUCCGUCUGAGACCGUGCAGAGAAUAAAUGGCGAAGUUUCGAUAGCACCCUUGCAGUGGUGGAUAUGACCCGCUCGCUAGGCGGUAAAUUGUUUUCUGUUUUUUUUUUUUCUUUUUCCGUCGAGAUCAUGUUAGAAAUGAGUGGCAUUUCGUUUCCAUUGCUGUUCAAUUUCCGGUUGAUUUGCAGAUUAAAGUGCAAUUGAAAAGAAGUCUUAAGGAAUGGUGAAAGGAAAUGAUGGAGAAGCCAUCUGGUCCGCCCAGAGCAGUUGGUAUGUUGCCCAAGUGAUUCUUGCCAAAUUGCAAAUGAAGAUCUGUUAUCUCUCUUGGAUAACCCUCCGAGUGUCUGAUAUGGUUGUUUCCCUUCGCAAUGUCUCUACUACGGUUUCCUGUCCUCGACUUUCUGGUUACCUUUCUUUGGUUGAUAACGUUUAUGUAGACGCAAUUGUUGGAGAUGAUAUCCAGAGUAAUCGUUCUAUUCCUAUGUUUAAUCGUACGGUUUGAUCAGGCUUCAAUUCUCUGCUAUUUCUGGAGAAGAGUCUCGUUUCGA